AUGCCUCCCCCCACCGACCGCCACGAAAUCCUCCACCGCCUCCGCUCCCAAAUCAACGCCGGCAUCCCCAUCCUCGGCUCCGGAGCCGGCAUAGGUCUCUCCGCGAAAUUCGUCGAGUCUGCCGGCGGCGACCUAAUAAUAAUUUACAACAGCGGCCGCUUCCGCAUGGCCGGCCGCGGCUCCCUAGCCGGCCUCAUGCCCUACGGCAACGCCAACGACAUUAUGUUCGAGAUGGCAAAAGAAAUACUUCCCAUAGUCCAUCGCACCCCCGUCCUAGCUGGCAUCUGCGCCUCAGACCCCUACCUCCCCUCCUACCUCCCCUCCUACCUCCGUCACCUCAAAUCCCUCGGCCUCUGCGGCAUCCAAAACUUUCCCACCGUCGGCCUCAUCGACGGUCAGUUCCGUGUUCACCUCGAACAAACCGGCAUGGGGUACGAUCUAGAAGUUAAUCUCAUCAAGGAGGCCCGGGCGUUGGAAAUGCUGACCACGCCCUACGUCUUCAACCCAGACGAAGCCAGACUCAUGGCCAAGGCUGGGGCGGAUAUUGUCGUGGCGCAUAUGGGGUUGACGACGGGGGGUUCCAUUGGUGCGCAGGAGGCCGAGGGGGGGAAUAAUAAGGCGUUGGGUGACUGUGUGGAACGGGUGCAGGCGAUUAGAGAUGCGGUGUAUGCGGUCAAUCCCGAGAUUAUCGUGCUUUGUCAUGGGGGUGCGAUUGCCAGCCCAGAGGAUGCGGGGUAUGUGCUGGAACGAACGAAGGGGGUGCAUGGGUUUUACGGGGCGAGUUCGAUUGAGAGGUUACCGGUUGAGAAGGCGAUUACUGAGGUGACGAGGUCGUUUAAGGGGCUAAAGAUGGGGGAGCGGAGGUGA